CGAUUUCCUGCACAUCGCUGAUUGGCUGGUUAAAAUCCAAAAGCCCGAGGCUCCGCCUAUCAGACGUGACGUAACACGGAAGUGACGACGUUGACGUCGCCUGACUGGAGACACCGCGGCUUCCACUGGAUUAUAGGUCUGCCUUCCUUUUGAGAGCGACGUGUGGUCAUGACGGACUGUUAAUCUUCUUAAGACGGCAAUGGAAGCUCCAGUCACGGCUGUGCCGCCUCCUCCUCCUCCCAAUUCCUCCGCCGUGCCAUCCCCUCUUCCCCUGCGCCCGGCUCUGGCACCCUCAGUCCAGCUGGGCUUCACCGUCUUGUACACGGCGCUGUACGGCGUCCUCUUCCUGGUGGUGUACGCCCAGCUCUGGCUUCUUUACCUCUACCGACACAAACGAUGGAGCUACCAGAGCAUCUUUCUCUUCCUCUGCCUGCUGUGGGCCGCGCUGCGCACCGCCUUGUUUUCGUUUUACUUCCGCAAUGCGCUGGAGGCCAACCACCUCCCAGUGGUCGUCUACUGGCUUCUCUACUGCUUCCCCGUCUGCUUGCAGUUCUUCACUCUCAGUCUCAUCAACCUGUAUUUCACUCAGGUGUUACUCAAAGCCAUAGAGACGUACAGUGCAGAAGUGGACAAGCGACUCCGCGUGGCCCGCUGUGCGUAUGUGUCGCUGAACGCCGUCUUCCUCUGCGUCAACGUGGCUUGCGCUGCUCUUGGGGACCGGGGCAAUGGCGUGGCGGAAGGCCAGAGGACCUGGAAUUUGGUCCUUAUCCGGGUUCUUGUCAACGACCUACUCUUCAUUCUGGAGGCGGUGUUGCUGGCCGUGGUGCUGUUGCUGUUGACGCGGCACUCCCGCUCCACUGGCCCGUACUUGAGCAGCAAGGGGACCACAAUGUGUCGCACGGCGGCGCUCGGCGCGGCGGUCAUCCUGUUGUUUGCUAGCAGAGCUUGCUACAACCUCAGCGUGCUCGUGCUGUCCCAGAACCACCAUGUUGAGUCCUUUGACUUUGACUGGUACAACGUCUCCGAUCAGGCCGACCUGCGCAACGAACUCGGCGACAGGGGCUACUUGGCGUUUGGCGCCAUCCUCUUCAUCUGGGAGCUGCUGCCAACCAGUUUGCUCAUUCUUAUCUUCAGAGUUCGCAGACCGACCCAAGAGGUCAGCAGCCUAGCAAUCAACAACAGAGUCCUACCUCGACCCUAUUUCUUUGAUGACCCUCAAGGCGAUGAGGACAUUCCAGUUCCUUGGACUCGCAGCUACCACCCACACGCCAGCUGGUACGGAUCGGAGACCACCCCGCUGCUGUUUGCAAGCAACCCUUCAGGCCACAACCACCAGCACCACUCCUUCUAUUCCACCCCCCAGAACUGAGCGCCGCCAUCACAGACUAGCAGCGUAGCACCCAGUACAACCUCUGUGUGUGUCUUUGCACUGAAAAGCUCAGGAAUUGUCCUCAAGUAGGGAAAAUGCAGAUUGUAGUGUUUUUAGCCACUGAGGACAAUCUAAAAGGGAUCCUCAACAUCAAUUGCCAAACGUCGCACUUGGUGAUGACAUUAGCUGCUUGUUUUAAAUGAGUUGUUAAUUUUGUUAAUCACAGUUUAUCACUUUGAAAUUCCUCCUUAACUUUCCUUUUCAAGAGUCUUUAAAACAUACAGUGCAUCCGGAAAGUAUUCACAGCGCUUUACUUUUUCCAUAUUUUUGUUACAUUGUAGCCUCAUUCCAAAAUGAAAUACAUUCAUUGUUGUCUACACACAAUACCCAAUAUUGACAAUAUGAAAAUUAUUUUUUGUUUAAAUUUU